AUGGGGAUCAAUUUGAACAGGGUCACUAUUGUUGAUAUUGAGCUUCGAAUUUUCUUCAUAGUCUUGGUCUUUUUUAAGAUUUCAACUUCAGACAAUCUACCUGCAAAUUUUGUAUUUGGAGAUUCUCUAGUUGAUGUAGGAAACAAUAAUUACAUUAUUUCUCUCUCAAAGGCUAAUUUUUUGCCUAAUGGUAUCGAUUUUGGAAGACCAACAGGGAGAUUCACCAAUGGAAGAACCAUAGUUGACAUCAUUGGUCAGGAAUUGGGUUUUGGACUCACCCCGCCUUAUUUGGCACCUACAACAAUUGGACCAGUGAUUUUGAAGGGUGUCAAUUAUGCCUCUGGUGGGGGUGGAAUUCUCAAUCACACUGGACAAGUCUUUGGUGGUCGACUCAACAUGGAUGCACAAAUAGAUUAUUUUGCAAAUACCAGACAUGACAUAAUCUCCUACAUUGGAGUUCCUGCGGCUCUCAAUCUAUUACAAAAUGCAUUGUUUUCGGUUACAAUCGGUUCAAAUGAUUUCAUUAAUAACUACUUAACACCGGAUGUCGCACUUUCCGAGGACAAAUUGGAUUCACCUGAACUCUUUGUGACCACCAUGAUAUCAAGACUAAGAACACAGCUCGCUAGGUUGUACAAUCUGGGAGCUAGAAAAAUUGUUGUGGCAAAUGUGGGGCCAAUUGGGUGCAUACCAAGUCAAAGGGAUGCACACCCAGCUGAAGGAGAUAAUUGUAUCACUUUUGCUAAUCAGAUGGCACUUUCAUUUAACACACAAUUAAAGGGUCUAAUUGCAGAGCUAAACUCAAAUUUAGGUGGUUCAAUAUUUGUAUAUGCAGAUAUAUAUCACAUUUUAGCAGACAUGCUCGUAAAUUACGCAGCAUUUGGUUUUGAGAAUCCUUCUUCUGCUUGCUGCAACAUGGCUGGGAGAUUUGGAGGGUUGAUCCCAUGUGGUCCUACGUCAAAGGUUUGUUGGGACAGAUCCAAAUAUAUUUUUUGGGACCCUUAUCAUCCUUCUGAUGCUGCAAAUGUUGUUGUCGCCAAACGCCUACUAGAUGGUGGUGCCCCGGAUAUUUCGCCGAUGAACAUUCGUCAACUCUUUCAAUCUUAACUUGUUUCUUUAUGUGAGAAACUGAUGUUUUCAGGCUCUUUAGAUAAUUUGAAUUUUUUAAUUCAAUGUAUGACAAAUUGUAUAAGUGCUAUG